CAUGGCAGCGAAAGACGAGCUUUACGCCAAAGUGACUCCGCGCAGGCAGCGGCAGAGUCGCACGGGGACCCUGAAGCACGGAUCCUGCCUGGACGUGCUGCUCAGCAUGGGCUUUCCCAGGACCAGGGCGCUGAAAGCACUGGUUUCAAUUGGCGGCCGAAAUGUACAGGCAGCCUGCGACUGGCUGUUCUCGCAUGUCGAUGACCCCUUUCUGGACGACCCACUGCCAAGGGAGUUCGUGUUGUACCUGCGCCCCAGCGGCCCACUUCUCAAUCAGCUCUCUCAGUUCUGGCAGCAGAGUCGCUCGCUGUGUGGCAAGAACAAAGCUCACAACAUCUUUCCUCACAUCACGCUCUGCCAGUUCUUCAUGUGCACCGACGAGAAAGUCGAGGCUCUCUGUGAAGCACUGCAGACUGUUGUGGGGCAGUGGCGAGACCGUUUUCCUGCCCCCCUACCUCUAGAGCUCUACACCUCAUCCAACUUCAUCGGUCUCUUUGUGGACGAGAAGGUGGCCGAAGUGCUCAAGACCUUCGCAGCCGACUUAGCUGCUGAAGCUUUUACCAAAGCAGAUGUCCAUGUGGAACCACAUAAGAAGCAGCUCCAUGUGACUCUGGCCUACCACUUCCCGACCAAUCACCUCACUUCGUUAGAAAAGCUGGCCAAGGAAGUGGACAUAUCGCUGGGCUGCGAUUGGCUUGCCGUGCUCUUCUCACGGGACAUCCGAUUCGCCAAUCAUGAGACCUUGCGGGUGAUGUAUCCAUACACACCUCAGAAUGAUGACGAGCUGGAACUGGUGCCGGGUGACUUCAUUUUCAUGUCCCCAGUGGAGCAGGGCAGUGCCAGUGAGGGCUGGGUAUAUGGCACUUCUUUAGGCACCGGGAUCUCUGGCCUGCUUCCUGAAAACUAUGUUAGCCGAGCAGACGAGUGUGACACCUGGGUGCUUCAUGGGUCUCAUUCUUUCCUCAACUGUACCUCUCCAACCUUAAGUGAAGGUGCAAUGGGGGGAGCUUUUCUAGAUGGACAGCUGGACGGUCGUCUCCAUGAGGACCACAGCCUUCUGGAGCAGCACAGUCUUAGCGUCGUAUGCCAACCAAUGCAGAUACUGCGGCCCAAUAACCAGUCUCGAAUGCCCAAAAAAACCCUGUUUGUUUGUCGCCAUGGUGAAAGGAUGGAUGUCGUGUUCGGAAAGCACUGGAUCACCCAAUGUUUUGAUGCCAAAGGUCGUUAUGUGCGAUCCAACCUGAACAUGCCAUGCAGUCUUCCAGUACGGAGUGGAGGGUACAGGGAGUAUGAUAAGGACUGUCCAAUCACUGUGUUUGGAUCUACGCAGGCUCGAUUAGUGGGCGAGGCCCUGUUUGAGAGUCAUACAGUGAUCGACUUUGUGUACUGCUCUCCCUCUCUGCGGUGUGUUCAGACAGCCCAUAAUAUCCUCCGAGGUCUUCAGCAGGAAGGGAAGACUAAGAUACGGGUCGAACCCGGUCUAUUCGAGUGGACUAAGUGGGUGUCGGGUUCUUCGUUACCCGCCUGGAUACCACCAGCCGAGCUGGCAGCUGCUAAUUUUAGUGUGGACACAACCUACAGACCUCACAUUCCCAUCAGUAAGCUGAAUGUGUCGGAGUCGUACGACACCUACAUCAGCCGCAGCUUCCAAGUGACCAGAGAAAUCCUCGCCGAGUGCAAAGCGCUGGGAGACACGGUGUUGAUAGUGGCCCACGCGUCAUCUUUAGAGGCCUGUACACGCCAGAUGCAGGGACUUAACCCACAGAACGCCAAAGACUUCGUCCAAGUGGUCAGAAAGAUCCCGUAUCUGGGCUUUUGUGCGUGUGAAGAGUUGGGUGAGACUGGGGUGUGGCAGCUCGUGGACCCACCUAUCCUCCCGCUGACUCACGGACCCAAUCACAGCUUCAACUGGCGGGAAACCUUGCUGCAGGAUUGAUGGGGUUUGCUUUCUUUAAGUCGGCCUUCCUUUUAGCUCUUCCCUGAAGAAAAGUCAGGAGAUGCUGUCAGCCACGCUUAUCUUCUUCACAGCUGCUGGUUCUGCACCAGAGCGACCACAAGCUUCCAUACAGCAGCCCUUAUGCUGCAGUUUUCCUUUCUGA